GGAGAAAACAUGUUUUUCUUUCUUUCCUUUUUUUCUCACUUAAGAUAUUUGACAUGAUGAUUGUUUGGCUUUAUUGUAAAGGGAAUCUUUAUUUUUUUAUAUUAAAAUCAUUGUAUGACUUGCUGGAGUUUUUGCCUCUGACUUACUGGUUUUAUUGGCUGAUCACAUACAUACAUUAAAUACUUUUCCUGCUCUCGUUUGACUGUCUGCCUCCACUCCCUUCCUGUGUGAAUAUUGCGUCACAAACUUUCUGGCCUCAGUCUUUCUGAGCGUGUGACUGUGUGUGUUGGUGUGAGUUGGUGGGUGUGUGGUUCUCAUCAUGUAGUCUAUACACACUACGUGCGCACUUUUACGCAGCGCGCCCAAAAAGCGCUCAAAGCAACGGGACCUCCUGGUGGGAGUGGGAAAUUUCAGUCCACACACACUCUGGGUGGGGCGCUGGUGGGCUGAUCCGCGAGGAAGAGGGCUCUGUGUGUGUGUGUGUCUGUGUGGGUGUGUGUCCGCUUAAAGUACCGUGCAUUGCAUUCCAGCCCAGACAUUUAAAUAGCCUGAUCGGAGCGAGUGAAGGAAGAAAAAACUUUGCAAAAGUUUGACGCAGGGAGAUAAUUACUCAAGACGAAGCAGAGGAUUCAUCGCUGAUCCGGAGAAGAAUCCACACAGAUAAAAAUGCCAGGCGAGCGGUCAACAAUCAGAGGCAGAGAGGUGGGGCGUUUCCCCGGAGCAGCCCCGCCCACCAGGGUGGAGCUGACCAUUCACAAAGAGGGCGAGAAGAUGCAGGAAGAGGGAGGCUGCCGCCGCUGGUUCAGGAAGAUGUGUCCGUGCUGCUGUAAGAGACAGAACAGCAUCUCCUACGAUGUUACAGACAAACUUGUAGCCCCGGAAGUCCCCCCCGGCCCAAAGCUGGAACCAAACGGAGAGGCAAAGGAAAAGAAAAAGGAAAAGGAAACGGAAACGGAAAUGGAAGAAAUAAAGUUGUCGGUGUGUUCUGUGGACCUGCUGAGCUCCAGAACGGGUCAGAACAGACUGGAGCACCACACCGACUUGUAUCAGGGGGACGAGCUGAUCAUCCGCAGAGGACAGACCUUCCAGGCAGAGCUGGAGCUCAACAGGCCCUUCAACGCUGACAAAGACAAGAUGCAUCUGGACCUGAUCACAGGUCCCCAGCCCUUGGUGUCCAAAGGCACCCAUGUCAUCAUCCCGCUGGUGGACAACCUGGAGGACGAACGCUGGGAGGCCAAGAUCGUAGAGCAGAACGACAAGAAAAUCAAGCUGUCCAUCAACUCGCCCGCCAGCGCUGUGAUUGGCCUGUACGGGCUCACAGUGAAAACUAGUUCUACAAAGGAUGAAGCAGCAACUAUUCACAAGUCCGACAAGAACAUUGUCAUGCUCUUCAACCCCUGGUGUGAAGAGGACACUGUGUUUUUGGAUGACGAGGAGGAGAGAAAGGAGUAUGUUCUGAAUGACAUUGGGAGGCUUUACUAUGGCACAGAGAAACAAAUAGGAGCCCGCACAUGGAACUAUGGACAGUUUCACGAGGGAAUCCUGGAAGCAUGUUUGUUUAUCCUGGAGAAGAGUGACAUGCCUCCAUCUGGUCGAGGGGAUCCUAUCAAUGUGGUCAGAGUAAUUUCAGCCAUGAUAAAUGCUCAGGAUGACCUGGGGGUUCUGGUGGGGAACUGGUCUGGGGAUUACUCUGAUGGAGUGUCUCCUUCGGCGUGGAGCAGCAGCGUUGAGAUCCUGAGGAAGUACCUCUCGUCCAGAGGAACACCUGUGUCAUAUGGACAAUGCUGGGUCUUCUCUGGGAUCACGACCACAGUGCUGCGGUGUCUCGGCAUUCCCGCCCGCAGCGUGACCAACUUCCAGUCGGCUCAUGAUACCGACGUGUCCCUCACCACAGAUGUGUACCUCGAUGAGGACAUGGAGCCGAUCGACUACCUCAAUAGUGACUCUGUGUGGAACUUCCACGUAUGGAACGACUGCUGGAUGGCGAGACCCGACCUGCCCCCCGGUCACGGAGGCUGGCAGGCCGUUGACUCGACGCCCCAGGAAACAAGUCAAGGCACCUUCCGCUGCGGCCCCGCCUCCGUCAACGCCAUCCGCUCCGGCCAGGUCUACCUCAAACACGACACGCCGUUCGUCUUCGCUGAGGUAAACAGUGAUAAAAUCUACUGGCAGAGGAAUCUGGACGGUACUUUCAGCCAGAUCCACAGUGAGAAGAAAGCUGUCGGCCACCACAUCAGCACCAAAGCAGUGGGCUCUGAGGAGCGGGCCGACAUCACACACCUGUACAAACACCAAGAAGAUUCAGAAGAAGAACGCAUCGCUGUGGAGAAUGCCAGUCGCUACGGCACCAAGCCAAACGUCUACUCAGCGCCCAGUGCGGAGGAUGUUACCGUGGAAGUGAAGAUGGAGGGUGAGGGGCCCAAGAUGGGUGCUGACGCCCAGCUGAGCAUCCUGGUGAAAAACAUGAGCUCGGAGCCUCGUAAGACCACUCUGCACAGCCAGGUGGCCGUCAUGUACUACACCGGUGUGCUGAAGGGAACCCUCAAGAAGCAGCAGCUGCCUGUGGAGCUGCUGCCCAAUGAAGAGAAGACCAUUGAGUGGUUGCUGCCCUACCAAGAGUACCAAAACCAGCUGGUGGAUCAGGCCGCUCUGAUGCUGACCCUGUCUGGACGAGUCAGUGAGACCCAGCAAGUAUUAGCCAACCAGACCACCUUCAGGCUCCGAACACCUGACCUCAGCAUCAAGCCUUUGGGAGACGCUGUGGUUGGAAAGGAGAUGGCAGCGAAGAUUACAUUCACCAACCCUCUACCACGUACGCUGAAGGCCGUGGUGUUCAGAGUGGAGGGCCUGGGUCUGCAGAAGGGCCAUGAAGUGGUUGUCGGUGAUGUAGGCGGCCACUCUACAGUGACUCUGACGGAGCACUUCGUCCCCACCCAGCCCGGACCCAGGAAGCUGGUGGCGUCUCUUGACUGCAAACAGCUCACACAAGUGCAUGGAGUGGCUGAUAUUGUCGUUCUUGAGUAAUGAGGGGAAACAUCAGUUCCUGCCAAAUCAUUUUUUCUUUAUAAAAUGAAGUGAGAGCCUCUAACUAUAUGAAAUGUGUGCUAUGUUCCUGUAUCUUAACCCUUUAUCAGGCAAAGAACUAUAUUUGGUAACUUCGGGAAAUAUUUCGAGAAAAAAGUUGAAAAUUUACUAGAUUAAAGUGGCAAAUCUACAAGAAAAAAGUCGCAGAUUUACGAGAAAAAAGUGGGGGAAAAGCUACUUUUUUCUCGCCGAUUCACCACUUUAAAUCUCAUAAAUCUGCACAUUUUUUUCUCGUAGAUUUGCCACUUUAAUCUCGUAAACUUUUUUCUCAAAAUAUUAUUUUCUUUUUUUUUUUUUUACACAUUCUGGCUGUAUGUAAUAUCCUCCAAUAUUCUCAAGGGUUGAAAUUUGGAAUUUGCAAGUAUUUCAAUAAGUGCCCUAUUAAGAGUUUAAGUGGUGAAUCUGGGAGAAAAAAGUUGCUUUUUUCCCACUUUUUUCUCGUAAAUCUGCGACUAUUUCGUGCAGAUUUGCCACUUUAAAUCAAAAUAUUACCUGAAGUUACCAAAUAUAGUUCUUUUCCUGAUAAAGGGUUAAACUAUACUUUUUAUUCUGUGUUACAGCAACAUUUUUGUUAUUUUUUACAACUAUGAAUAGACAAUUAUCAACUGUAGCAUUGUCAGUAUUAUUUUUUAAACUUAAAAUAAUAUAAUUACACACUCGCCUUGCUCUGAAAUGGUCAAACUGUGGUGAAGAAUGCAGCAGGGUUUAACCACGCACACAGAAAAUGAAGUGUUUUAAUUACCAAGCACUGUCAAAUAGCAGAUAACACGAGUGUUAAUACAGUCUGUUUAUUUUUCCUAUAAAAGCUUGUCACAGGAAGAUGAGUUUGUGAAGUGUUGUCAGACAAAAUGAAUCUUACAUGGCUAAUAUGAAGGACCGGAACUGUGAGGUGAAUUUAAAGCGAAUUAUGUUAAUAUGACAGCAAGUCCUCCAAACCAUAUGACCACACAGGUUGUUGGUUCCUGUUCUGAAAUAAGUUUUCUAAAUUAACACCCCUGUAGCACCGGUAGCACGUCCUAAAAUCAACAGUAACAGUUGCCGUUUUAAACAUGUGGUUAACGUGAAAUGGUCGCAGUUUGAUUAGGUUUAGGCAACAAAAUGACUUGGUUAGGUUUAGAUGGCAGUUAUAUAAAGUCUAUGAGAACAAAUAUAUAUUCUGAGCCACUUAGAAGGUCAAUUUUAGUGUCAAAAUCUACAUUUUCUGGGUCCAGGAAUCAUUUAAAGCUGUUAAGAAUAUCACUAGAUGAUUAUUUGAUCAAAUAGAUAUGUUCAUUUUCACCCAGGUAGGCGACUCACUUCAAGUGCUGCAGCAGGGAAUCCUGAGCUGAAAAUGUUUGGAAUCUAAUUAUUACGUAAAUACGUAGCCAAAAUGAACAUAUCUAUUUAUGGAUGGAUGGAUGGAUGGAUGGAUUACUUUAUUCAUCCCGGAAGAGAAAUUCGGUUGUCACAGCAGUCCGAUAUUCAAGUACAAUAAAAUACAAAAUAUAAAAAAAUAUAUAAAAAUUGAUUUGAUCAUCUAGUGAUAUUCUCAGUACCUUUAAAUCAUUCUUUGACCCAGAAAAUGUAUAUUUUGACACUAAGAUUGACCUUCUGAGUGGCUUAGAAGAUAUAUUGCUUCUCAUAGAUUUUAUAUGGCUGCCAUCUCAGAUCCCCAAUCUUGAUGAAAUGGCUCCAAUCAAAAAUUGAAACUUAUGGUGCUUUUGUCCGACGUGUCGCCUUUCUUCCCAAAUCUGUUCCUAAGCUGCCUGACUAGAAUACUGGUCCUGCAUGCUGCAUAACUUCUGCCUUCGCUCCCUCCAUAAUUACUACGGCCACUAGAGGGCGACGCCUAACAGUAAAUGUAAAUAUGGGUGUUAAAUGAGAUAGGGGUUGUUUUUUGGGGGGAGGACCAUGGAUGUAUUAUAGAACUGGAUAUCAGUCCCACCGCUCAGUGUUGCAGCAAUUUUUUCCAAGUGGCAGCAAGAAAUGUUUUACCUCCUGUUAGAAAGCCCACGCUGUUAAAGUUUUGUUUACUUGUUUAUUGUACUAAAUUCCAUUCAGUUUUCAUAUGUCCCAUGCUGUUGAAAGCACCAUAGCUGUUCUGAUAUUGAAUGCACCAUGCGAAAUGCCGUGCUGUGAAUGUUAGUUACCUGUUCCUCCCUGGUUUAUUUAGCUGUGAUUGUAAUAAAAAUACAGAGUAAUAAUUGGUAUAACUCCAUAGACUACCAUUAUAGGAGACAUCUGGAAACUUUGAACUGGUCGAUUAUGAUUCUUUUCACGAUUACGAGCCAAGAAAAAGCAUUUGAAAAAUCUUGGUGGAUGCACCAAACGAGCAAUUCUCACUGGACUGAUUGGGCACCAUCUUUAGGUCCAGUAUCCACUUCCUAUAAUAAACAGUCUCUGGAAUCUGCAUUGAUAUUUUAAUUAAUUUAUUAGAUUUUUGUAUUUCAGUAUUAUUAAAAACAUUAACUAAUUCCACCAAUUAACGAUGUAGAUUUCCACGUUGAAACUAUAAAAUCAAAACCUAAAUGUUCCCUUCUGAAGAAUUCUACCAGAUGUUGUUGAUUGUGUGUUUUCCUGUGUGUGUUUGUGUUUGUGUGUUUCUCCAUCAUGUGUGUAUUAUAACACUGAGCAUAUCUGAAUAAUUGGACUUGCUGUAAAUUGCAGCAUAUCAGACCACCUUGUAAUUCACCUUAGCUUUACCUGGUUCUGUCUGUUUAACUUGAGCACUCAAAGUAAAAUGUGAAAGAAAAGAAUUUUUAUUAACAUUACACUAUUUUUCUACCAUAUCUACCUGGAAUGUGUUUUUUCUCUCUACUGUAUGCGCUGUGAUGUAAUAAACCUUAAGCUGAAA